AUGGAUGGUGACUGGUCGGCCGUGCCGGCAGAGGGCCCGCCGCCCGUGACGGGGCUGAGGCUGGCGCAGAGCAGCCGCGAGCUGGCGGCGCUGGAGUGGACCCCGAGGCCGGAGGGGUCCUGCGCCUCGGGCGUGGAGCUGUGGCUGUGCGACAACAGCACCCAGGACCCGGCCGCCUGCGUGCACAAGACCCUGCUAGCCGGCAGCUCCAGGUUCGAGUUCCACGGCUUCGAGGUGUGCCGCCGCUACCACGCCACGGUGCGCGCCACCAGCGGCUUCAGGCUGUCUCCCCCGGCCACCCUGGAGGUCUACCUCGACACCGCCAACGCGGUGGCGCGAGCUGAGGUCCGUUACGUCACGCACGACUCGGCGGUGAUCGAGUGGUGGGUGUCCGACGUGAAGUCCAGGUGCCAGGAGGAGACCAUGAGGGUGUGCGUGCAGGAGGAGGGGGUAGGAGAGACGCCGCCCGACUGCUGGGAGUGGACCCUGGACCAGGACGGGCCCAGGGACUCCCUCGCCGUGGGCGACCUCGAGCCGUGCGCCGCCUACGCCGCGACGGUCAGCCUCAUCGCGGCGGGGAGGCACAGCAACAAGACCGUCGCCUUCACCACUCCCAUGACCGCCGAGGCUCUGUCCGCGACCACGGAGCACGUGACCAACACGGCGGCGGAGAUCAGGUGGUCCUACGACGUCUCCAGCAGCGACUGCCGCCCCUCUGUCGUGCGGGUGUGCUACUCCAAGCUGGGCUCCGGCGACCACAGGAAGAUGUGCCGCACCUCGGGCACAGCCUCCCGGUCCAGCAUGCACCUCGCCGACCUGCUUCCCUGCUCGUCCUACAACGUCUCGCUGGUGCUGAUAACGUCCGUCGGCCCACGGCCCAACUGCACGCUGCCUCUGGUUACCACAAGUCAAGGAGUGCCGGUGCUGAGGUCCCUGGACGUCACGGCGGCCGGCAGGAACGUGACGGUGCGGUGGACCCCGAUGGGCGCGGAUCUCCACUGCGUGCGGCACUACAACGUGUCGUGGUGGUCGGUGCCAGGGUUCGGCCGCGCACACAGGACUCUGGAGGCGGGCGUCACCUCGCUCGCCAUCCCUGGGCCGCUCCGGCGCGCCGCCUACCACGUGGAGGUGACGGCUGUUCUGACCGACGGCAGCUCACAGGCGCUGCCCGGCAACUUCUCUACUGCAGAUUCUGCAAGUAUGUUCGCAAAAUUUUCGCUUCAUUUGGAAAUGAUGCCCUUGAUAAUUGUUUUACUCACUCUGUUUCAACAAUGAAAAAGGACACACGUAUUUUCCUGGGUUUCGGAUUUAUGCUAGCGAUUGCUUGAAAUUCAAUUUCAUACACAUGAUAUGUUGAGUACCUGUUUUUGUAGAAAGAUUCUCUGUGUAAUAAUUUAUCUAAUUAAUAUUAUUAACUUUUGUUAAUUUACAUUUAAAAUGUGUGUAUAAAUAGUCUAAUAUUUUACUAAAAUACUGUGGUAGAGCAUUCUAACCAUAUUUUUUGUUAAUAAGAACAAAAGUGCCU